AUGUGGACUCCUAGAAUCUACCCACUGCACUUUCGUCCAGGAGGGGGCGGUAACGCACCUCUGAGGUCAUUUGCCAACUACAAAUUGAAGAAGAAGAAUGGGCUGAACUGUGGACAGCAGAGUCUUCUUUCAGUUUCAGUGUCUCUGGCACAGGCGUUGUCCUCAGAGGGCUUCCUGUGUCUCUGCUUCACAUGCAAAGGUUUGAACCUGAGUUACAGAGUGAGGCUUACUGUGCUUUGUCGGUCCAUGGGAAGCCGCGCUGCUGCAGCUUUAGCCUGAAAGCUGAGGGAUGAAUCGGAGGAUGCAGUGCAGGGUGUCAUCUGCUUGUCGUUCCCCCUGCACCCACCAGCAUAGACACACUCCCAUCAGCAGCGGAGUGACGAUCUCAGGGGGCUGCCUGAAAAUGCUCCCAUGCUGUUUGUGUCAGGCAGCGAGGACAAUGUGUGACAGGGUUCUUUUCGAAGGGACAAUAAAGCAAAUGAAAGUGGAGGUCUUCUGGAUAGAAGGAGGCAGCCAUGGACUGACUGUGAAAGGAAGGUCUGAGGAGUCGGUGUUAGAUGAUGUGAACCUACAGGUCAUCACCUGGAUGAACAAGCGAGGAGCAUAGAUAUAUAUGUGUUGCAAGAUUGUUUUGGUUUUUUUUGUUGUAAUUAAUAAAGGAUUUUUUUUAACUUUUUUUCACAAAAUA